UCCCUGGUCUACGACGAAAUCUUCUCCGAGGUCAAUUUGUACGAUUUGUUGUCGAAAAACCUGCUCCAUGACCGAUGCAUGAUCUAUUUCAACCAUUUGUCCGCGAGUGAUCCAGAUUGGAUAGUGAGUCCAGAUCAAAGCAUUCUGUUCAACAGAAAUGCAUACAAGACAUAUGAAGAAUACCGUAGCCAAAGACUCAAAGAUAGCGAGAAGAAGGCCAAGGAGGCCAAGGAAAAAGAAGAGUCGUUUGAACCCCCAACGGAGACUCAGAUCCGCAAAGAGUAUGACGACUUGCGUGAUUCUGUGUUCAACGAUGAGCAGACCCUCCAUGACUUCCUCGCUCACGUGCGUAUCUUCAACAAGUGCUUCAUGGGUUCUGCGACGGCAGGUAUCAAUAAAGAGGACAACUCUUUUGUAAAGAAACAACGUACCUUUUUGAAGAAAAGCGUCAAAUACUUGAAAACCGCUGCCGAUCAGGUGACAGGGAAGUUGUUCAAGAACGAGCUUGACUGCAGUGAUGUGGAAAGCAAGAUUUUUCCUUGGUUAACCAAAGAGUACCCUGUAUUCACGAGGUGGGACGGAAAGACCACGUCUUUUCCGGGUAUCACUGGCCACUUGCGUACUAACAACCGAUGUUUCUUGAGCGAGUACAAGUCUCGUUUGAAUGGCCGAGGCAUUGUCUUAACCAUUAAGGAUGACCACGUGAAUGACGCGAGCAGGUUUUUGAGAUUGCUCCGCUAUCUUGGCAACGAGUACCCAGUACAGGUUAUUUACCACUCGAAUCUUUCAGAAGAAUCCCGUGCUAAUCUUGUGCGUGCUUCCAGAGACUAUUUUCGAGGUUAUCCUGAGCAAGACAUUUGGUUUGUCAACUCCGAAAGAGCUAUCGAGGCUAAAUAUAGGGGCAAAUUCAACGGCUUUGCCAACAAAAUCAUGGCCACAAUGUUUAACUCUUUCGAGGAAAUGCUUCUCUGCGAUGCCGAUAGUGUUCUUUUGAAGAGUCCAUCAUAUUUUUUCGAGUUGAAGAAGUUUGUGGAAUCUGGGACCAUGUUUUAUAAAGACAGAGCAUCAGGCAGCAGAGGUAAUGAUGAUCUUGUGUUUUUCAAGAAGCUCUUGCCAUCGAUUGAAGACUCUGUUGUGUUCAAUGUUGCACAGCCUACAAGUAUCACCCUCGAGAACGAGUUUUUCCAAGGGUUGUCCCAUUAUAUGGAGAGCGGAGUGGUUGCCAUCAACAGGAGAAGGCAUUUCAUCCAACCCAUCGUCAUGUCGCUCUUGACUUUCUACCAUCCAGUUGUUGCCAGAAUUCACGGUGAUAAAGAGCUCUUCUGGCUAGCGCUUUCUUUGGGAGGUGACGAGGAAUACGCCUUCAACGAUCACUUUGCCGCGGCCAUCGGAGAGUUCACACCGGAAAUAGAGCGUCACAAAGACAUCAAUUCCAUCCAGUCGUUUAGGUCCAGGGAGAUUUGCUCUAGUCAUCCAGCACAUAUAAGUGAUGUUGAUACCCAGACUUUGGUCUGGUUCAACUCAGGCUUCCGCCACUGCGGUGAAUCUCUCAAGAAAGAGAUGAAUUGGGAGGACGAGUUCAAUAAGAAGAAGCGUUAUACAAAAAUUCAGACUCUAGAAGAGUUCAAGACCUUCUUCAAAGCGCCGGUCAAAAUCACACACGCAAUCAUCCCACCCUUCGAGAAACAAAACGAGCCCUUGAAGAAUGUGGAGCAUGAGCCCGAAAAAUCCUGGGUCAUGGGUUCAUACUGCCACAGCUAUAUGUGGUGUGCUUAUUCCCUGAUUGGUGGAUACUACGUGGAAGAUGAGGAGACGAAAGAUAAUUCGAAAGAAGGAACAAUAGUCGCAUUCUCGGCGGAGCAAAUGAAGAAUUUCGAAGCCGCGGGGGAAGUUUGGAUG